AUCCCGAGCGCCGGUCGGAGCUAGAGCGUCAGUCGUCCGGAUCGCGGAGCGGGGUGCAAGUGGUCAGGCGUCCGCUCGCCGCCCGGAGUCGCAGCAGCUUCCCUGGCGAACGCGGAAGCCCGAAGAGCGCCGUCCUCGGGCCCCGUCGGCGCUCAGGCCUCUCCGCGCGCCUCCUCACUCGGCCGGGACGUCUCUGUGGAGGCGUGAGGCGCCGGCCGCCGGGCGCCUGGAGCGGCGCUAGCCCCGCGGCCUGCGGUUCUCCUCCUCCCCCGCCGCCCUCCCACCCGAGCUGCGGCGGGGCUCGGCCGCCUCGGCGCUUCUGCACGAACAAAGGAGGGCCUCCGCGGCGCCAGCGCAGCUCCGCCUGCGCUCCGCUCGGCUCCGCUCCGGCCCGCGGCGGCCGCUAGCCAGCCCUUCCCGGAGGCCUCAGCCCGGCCCACCGCCCGGCGGCGCGCGCCAGCUCUCGCCAGUGCAUCCGGGCCCCCGCAGGCAGAAAAAUAUGGCUCAGGAGACUAACCAGACCCCAGGGCCCAUGCUGUGUAGUACAGGAUGUGGCUUUUAUGGGAAUCCUAGGACAAAUGGAAUGUGUUCUGUUUGCUACAAAGAACAUCUUCAGAGACAGCAGAAUAGUGGCAGAAUGAGCCCAAUGGGGACAGCUAGUGGUUCCAACAGUCCUACCUCAGAUUCUGCAUCUGUACAGAGAGCAGAUGCUAGUUUAAACAACUGUGAAGGUGCUGCUGGCAGCACAUCUGAAAAAUCAAGAAAUGUGCCUGUGGCUGCCUUGCCUGUAACUCAACAAAUGACAGAAAUGAGCAUUUCAAGAGAGGACAAAAUAACUACCCCGAAAACAGAGGUGUCAGAGCCAGUUGUCACUCAGCCCAGUCCAUCAGUUUCUCAGCCCAGUACUUCUCAAAGUGAAGAAAAAGCUCCUGAGUUGCCCAAACCAAAGAAGAACAGAUGUUUUAUGUGUAGAAAGAAGGUUGGCCUUACAGGGUUUGACUGCCGAUGUGGAAAUUUGUUUUGUGGACUUCACCGUUACUCUGACAAGCACAACUGUCCAUAUGAUUACAAAGCAGAAGCUGCAGCAAAAAUCAGAAAAGAAAAUCCAGUUGUUGUGGCUGAAAAAAUCCAGAGAAUAUAAAAUUACUACAUGUGAAGAGACUGAACCUUUGUUUUUAUUUUAAUAUAUCGUAGGAAAACAUUAAAGAGCAGAUGCAUGGCCAUUUUCCUUUGAUGUUCUCCAGAGUUUUGCUUUAUACUUGUCUGUCAUAUAGUUGAUAUUUUAGGAUGUUUGGGUGUUUGUUACAGGCAGAAUUGGAUAGAUACAGCCCUACAAAUGUAUAUGCCCUCCCCUCAGCAAAAUUGGACAAAAAUAUGCACAACAAAUUGAAAUACACAUAUACUAGGAACAAAAUUUAGUUCCAUGUGCCAAACUAAAUGAAUGAAAUCUCUGCAUGUUUGCAGCAUAUCUGCCUUUUGGGAAUGUAAUCAAGGUAUAAUCUUUGGCUAGUGUUAUGUGCCUGUACUUAAAAAAAAAAAUGGUACACCAGAAAAGGACUGGCAGUCUACUACCAUAGUCAAACUUCACCUUAAUUUCGACAUGACUUUUGGAAGCAGGAAGAAAGCUACAAAACCGGUAUUUGGUACCAUGUGUAAGCCUGGUUAAAUUGGUCUUCUAAAAGCUGUGAAUUAGGACAUUCUGCAAAAGGUAACAUCACAACUGGUUCUAAGUAAAACCAUCAAGUCAACAACAGGGUGCCUGAGAUAAUCUUUGAAGCUUAUUGUGCUGGCCUGCACCAGAAGAUAUCUGCAUUCUCAUUACUAAAAUUGUAGCACAGAACUGCACUAGGAUUUGUUUACAAGAAGAAAUUAAACUGUUUGGUUUUCACAUAUAGCAGCUCUGUUAAAUAACAUGCAUCUGAAUUUUAAGUUGCAAAGGUAUCUGAACAGUUAAUUUUUCACGUGCAUCUUUUGUUGAAUGUUUUGGUUCAAGAAAGAAUGUUUAAAGCUUUUUAAAGACUUCAGUUCUUAAUGUAACUGUACCCUUCUGCAUGGAAAAUCAUAACCAACAUGGCUGCAGUAGACUUCUUUAGUGGUAUCCAGCACCACUUGCAGAGGGCUGCUUUAUCAUAUUGUAUUUGGGUGUAGGACUCUAGUGUUCUUGGGUGUAUUGCAUGGGCUGCAUUAUCUACAGCAUUGUACAAUAACAACUAGAAAAGGCAGUAUACUUCACUGAUGCUUGUCUGGUAAUAUCACUUCUGUGUUAUAAUGGAAGGUUUUUUGUGAUGUAUGAAACUUGUGUUUUUUAUAUAUAAAUGAGUAUAGUUAGAUUAGUGUUGUGGUAAUGCCCGUUUUCAUCUGUAAAUAGUUAAGUAUGUACACAAGGCACUACUUCUGAUUUUAUUGCAGUGUUCAGUCCUAGUUUUUCUUUAUUAAAACAUUGAGUUUUGCUUCAAUUUUAUGUACCUUAGUUCUAAGUUAGAUUUGCAGAUGUGUACAGAUAGUUCAUAUUUAUGUAUUGCACAUAAUCAUGCUAUUCAGCAUUGAUGCUAUAUUGUAUUAUGUAAAUAAUAAAAGCAGUGUACAGAGGGAAA